AACUGUGAAGGUGGAAGCCGUUCCUUCGUGCACCUCCACAAUAUAUAAUAAUAAAAGAGAAUUUUUAAGAUUCAAUGUGAGAAUGAGUAAGAAAAAAUUGUUCAUCCGUAUACAAUUUCUAUUGGCAUUUGGGGUGAGUUUCAGCACCAUGUUCUCUCCAUCUUUUUCAUCUUCUGAAGAUGUUGUCCCUAUCUUGCUUUACAUAAAUCUGUAUUUUUUACUAUGCAACGACAAAAAUGCCUUAUGCAGGCGGUGGCGGGAGCUGAGGCUGAGGUUGGGCUGUGGCGGGGGUUGGGCUGUGGCUGAGGCUGAGGGAUAUGGCAGGGCUGGGGCUGUGGCUGGGGCUGGGCUGUUGGUGAGGCUAGGCUGGUUGGGCUGUGGCUGUGACUGGGCGGCGGCUGAGCAGUGGCUGAGACUGGGCUGUGGCUGUGGCUGUGGCUGGGGUUGGACUGUGGCUGCGGUUGUGGCCGCGGUUAGGCAGUGGCUGAGGCUGUGGCUGCGGCUCGGCAGUGGCGGAGCUGUGGCUGAGACUGGACUGUGGCUGUGGCUGGGGUUGGGCUACGGCUGGGCAGUGGCUGAAACUGGGCUGUGGCUGCGGCUCGGCAGUGACUGAGCUGUGGCUGAGACUGGGCUGUGGCUGUAGCCGCGGUUAGGCAGUGGCUGUGGCUAGGCUGCGGCUGGGUUGUGACUGUGGCUGUAGCUGCGGCUGGGUUGGGGUUGGGGCUGGGACUGGGCUGUGACUGGGCAGUGUGGCUGGGCUGGGGCUGGGAGAAUGACUGUGGCUUAGGCUGGGCUAGGACGGGUACAAAAUCUGAUGGAAGGAUAAAAACUUUGCGAGUCCAUGAUCUUCUACGGGAGAUCACCAUUUUGAAGUCUAAAAAACAAAACUUUGCAUCCAAAGAAUAAAGUGCGGCAUGGGCAGAAAGAGAUUCGGUGGCUUCCAGUGCACGACACAUUACCAUAUCGGUAGCAAUAUAGCUAUAGUAAACAAUACAAGAAAGAGGAAGAGCAUCACUCAAGACAAUAAGGCAAAAGAAAGAGGGAUUGAUCUUACGCUUAUGUCCUAAUUCCCACCAAACCUCAUCAAAAGAAAGAGCUGGAGAUUUACAAGUUACGACCUCAAGCUCAAGCCGUCCCCUCUCAGUUUUUAGUUUCUAAACUUUAUGAAGUUUUUUAUAUCUUUUUACAUCAAGCAUUUGUGCUGCAAGUGGUCUUCUUCACAUAUCUAUAGAUAGAGAAAGCUUGCUUGAAUGGUUAUGAGAACAUUGUCAAUUAAAGAAGGUAAAACUAACACACAAGUAAAGGAUGAAUGAUCUGAAAAUCUUUUACUCAAUUACAAAGAAAACAAAAGAAAAUGAUGAAAUCAUAGUUUUCUGCUAAAAUAAAAGAAUAAUUUACAAUGACACCUCUUCAGAUUUUCUCAAAUUACUCUUACACAUCCUGUCUUUUCCACCUUUACAUUUGCCUCCCUUAUCAGAUGUAAGUGUAACAGUUUUCGAACUUAAGGGGAUGUAUGUGAAAUGUAAAAGGGCUGACAAUGUAUUGUUUUAAAACUAAGGGGAGAUCUGUGUAUGAUUUUUAAAAAGUUGGUAUAUCAGUGUAAUUAGAACAAACCAUAAAGGGUUCUCCAAUAUCUGUGGAGAAUGGAUGGGUCCUCCAAUAUCUGUCCUAAAUGUUAACUAUGAAGAAUCAGACCUUCUACCAUUUGAGCAGAGACUUUAACAAGGACUACUAACCUUCGCAGUACGAACCCACAAAUGGUUUUGUAUUUCUAAAAUUGAUAGCAAAGUCUACCUGACACAGUGGCUGAGUUUGAUCCUUGACCCCCCUUCUUCAGGAUUAGAUUAAACUUCAGCACAAGGGAAAGUGGGUUUGUGCAUAGAUUUCAAGCCCAAAAUGCCUUUCUAGUGGAAGACCUAAAUGGUUGUGCUAUAGAUAUAGAACCAUUAUUGAACAUCUGCCCUAUAACUGAGGCUAUUGAGGAAAUUGAUCUCUGACAGAAAUAAGUUUGAGUACUUCAGAAUAAAUAGUGUUACUCUUGCUAUUCAAAAUGGUUUUCCAUUCAAUAACACAACAUUUAAAAGGAAGAAAUUAUAUUAUGGCAAACCAUUUUGGCACUGGAUUAUGAGAUUGGCCAAUUGGUCUCUUUUAUCCUCAGACUGUAUUUACGGGUUCCUACCUGGUAGCUGAACCGGUGACAAAUGAUAUUCCUUUAUAUAACUUAGUUUUCUUAGCAUGGCCUUGGGCAACCUAUUACAUCUCAGAUUAAUCUCACCACUCCAUUACUGUCUUAUUCUAUGUACUAAAAUAUUGCCCCUAUCCACUCGAGUUCUAUAUGAUGAGCAACUCAUUCCUAAAACAUUGUCUUCUCUUCCAAACACAUCGUACUUCUACAGAACAGCAUGUAGAGAGAUUUAUACAGUCGCAAGUAAAUCUGUUUGUACACAAAUCUUGAAGCGUUUAGCAAAACAAGCUAAUAUAUAGCCAAUAGAAAAACAUUUCAUAUAUUCACAAGAAAAAUAUGAUAAUUAUCACAUACCUGUCUAACAAUGGCAUUAGUAUGUAGUCAUGAACCAAAAAAUUCAUUGCCCAAGGAACACUAACCAACAUUGCAAAUUUUUUACCUGUAAUAAUAAUUUUCAAAAUAUCCAAUUUAUUUGAUGUGACUGGAGUUCAACCAUUAAACUUUCAAAAAAAUCCAAUUAUGCACGUAGAAGUACACAUAUAAAUGUAAGUUCCAUUUCCUUCGAGAGCUGGUACGAUUGGAAAAUAUAUAUUGCAGUACAGAAGAACAAAACAAUUAGUUGACAUUACGACUAAACCUCUCAAGUUGAGUGUCUUCUUAAAAUUGAGUGAUACGAACUAAGGUUUUUCUCUAAACUUCUAGAUACUAGUCUAGCUCAUAACACUAUUUGGAUUUUGUAUACAUCCUACAAUUCAAUUUAGGACUUUACGCAAGUUUUGCCUCCUUUUUCUCAAUUUAAUGUAAAUAGCGGGUUCAUGAAGCAUUAGGGAGGGACUUGAUAACAAUAAUAAUCCAAGCUAUUGAAAUUUUUGAAAAAGGAACAAAACCAUGUGCUAACACAAAAAUCUAACGGUAAGGACUAUUCAUCACAACAGUUACACCCGAAUUUGAAAAUUCACAAAUGUGAGAAGUUUGAGUUUAUUCCUAGACCUGAAGAGUUUAAUUUAAGAAACGGGAGUAGAAUUGAAAUGUCCGAGUGGAAGGUACCUUGCUUCUCUUGCAAUUGGGAUCUACAGUAGAGAGAGAACAAUGUUGAGAAUUCAGUCUGAGAAAUUGAUGUUGUCGAAUGCAAACGCAGAGUUACAUUCCAAACCAACAUCUUUCGUGUCUGCUUUUGCCAUUUUAAAUCUUUUGGAGCGAUGUUUACGAAACCUCUCUUCUUGAGAGA